GUUUUGCUUCAAAGCUACCAGCUGUUUAUUUUCAUCUGUUUUUGUGUUGUUAUUUUGUGUUGUUGUUUUUCGUGUAAAUUAUGACUUUUAGUUUUAUUAAUUUAUUGAUUGAUCAAAAUUUGUUGAAUUCUUUAGAUACGGAGGACAUCAAACCAGUUUUUUGUGUUUUAUUUGGCUUCAAGGAAAUUAGCCAUGAUUCUCUUAAUGUCAACCUGCUGGCAACCAAAAGUUUUUACGAUCCGAGUGGUAGAGACAAGCUAGCAAUCCAGCAAUUAAUCAAACAUCGUCACUCAUUGUCAGCAUUGGGUACCCUGGAAACCUCUAAAAUUCAAGCAAUUCAAAGAUUGAUUGAAACAAAGAAGACGUUUUUUGUAAACUUGAACUAUGAUGGAUCUUUGUCUAUAAAAAAUAUACACCUGAAUGGAAAACCAGACGCCAAUAUUCCUGUCAAUAUAAUUGUUUAUAACUCUCUCCAUUUAGCUUACACUUUGCAAUUUAAUGGUCACAAUGAGCUUACUGAAUCCAAAGAUCCACUCUUUGAAUUUUGCUGCCGUAGUAUUGAAAAAUACUCAUCUCAGAAAGCUCCAGAAUCCCUCCAGUUAACAUCAUUCGCAACCAAAUUGUCAUCCGAUUCCAAAGCAACAAGACUCAACACCAAAAAAAUAUUUAACUUCUCACUAUUGGAUGGUUUCUUGGAUUAUUUCACCACAGGCAGAUUAAUAUAUCAUCGGUUCGAAGAAAUAUUGUUCUGUUGGAAAAAUUUCAAAGAAUCAAGAUUCAGAAUCAGAAUUUUCAAUGCCUUAAGUUUAAUAACUUUUGAUCUGGUUCUCAGCCUUUGCCUCUUUUUAAUGUUAAAUCAAGUUAUAUCCAUAUCAUAUCUAUUAGAAGUGUGCCUUCAAGCCAUGGAAUCUGUGGUUUCAAAAGUAGAACAAUUAAUCUAUAAUCUUAUUGGAAUGCCUGCUGGUCUAAAACUCAAUCGUCCUCUGAAUACCGCACUGGGGAACUUUUUUCUUUAUCAUAUUCACAUCUGGAAAGCUUAUAUUACUUUGAUUCGCCCUUUUUUAAGCUUGAUUCUUGAUUUUCUUGGAUUUAUAAGUUUCUUUGGAAUCACAUUUGUUCUCAGCUUCCUAUCGGAUCUCAUUUCUUUAGCAUCCAUUCAUAUUUACUGCUUCUAUGGAUAUGCUGCCAGACUUUAUUGUUUCCAGUUAUCUGGUUUGAUUUCCCUUUGGAGACUUUUCAGGGGUAAAAAGUGGAAUAGUUUAAAACAUCGAGUCGAUGCAUAUUCAUAUGGUCAUGAUCAACUAUUUAUUGGUACUGUUUGCUUCACCAUAUUAAUAUUCCUGCUGCCGACAAUUCUACUCUAUUAUUCCGUCUUUUUGUUUCUUAGAUUGAUUACCAUCGUUAUUCAAGGCAUAAUUAAGCUGAUAAUCAGUGUUACUCUAUCCAUUCCUUUCUAUGGAAUCCUUCUCUGGUUGAUUGGAUCACAACAAGUUCAAACGAAUAUUUUUUUUCAAAUCACUCAUUUCAAAGAGAGGCUGUUGAUAAUGUCUAUGUUAUUCAAAUCAAUGACUUUGGGUCAGCUUUUUGAAGCUCAUAUUCAUGAUUUUGACAAUCCUUUUAGCUACAACAAGUUAAUACCUUCAAAUUUUUUCAAAUCUAUUGUAACUGGAGCCUUAAUAUAAAGUAAAAUGAAUUUAAAUUAAGAA